GAUUAACAUGAUACAAUUUUACAUACAACUUCAAUAGCCUCGAAAUUUUUAAAUCAUUUCCAGUCGACAUAUCUUUCUUUCAACUAUUCUUUUACUACGAUAUACCAGCCGUUAUCGUUUCACGCAUAGCGUACACGUGUGUAUAGAUGAGCUUAUUUGUUUCGUGAGGACUAUUGAGUCUACAGCCGGCGAGGAUAUGGUGGACGUUACAACAGCUUUGCCAUCUAAUGGAGGGGCGUCAUUAAUUGGACGCACCAGAGGUGCUCUCAGGUCAGUGCGAUCCGCUUUAGGAGAAAGCGGAGAGUAUCUUCAGGGUCUAGGGAAUAGAAUAGGAUCCGCUCUUAGCAACAGCUUAGAGGAAAGUGAAUUGACUACAACCCCUUCCACGCCGUCAUCAUCGCCGCAAGCACCACCGCAACCUAUCAAGCCAGAAGAGCAAUUAGGACGGCGGAAACUCAGGCUUCCGAGAUUUGGCGCGGGAUUAUCUUACGAGGAUUAUGAGGCAUUAGCGCGGCACAAAUUGGAACGACAGGGAUGCGCCAAUCUUUCCAGAAUGCGAAAGUAUCCGCCUGGGAUGACAUAUGAGGAAAUAGCGUCCUCCAGAUCGGUUUCGAGCAAGAAACAGGAGAGUCGAAUCGAACAGGACGACAUCAGUCCUGAUCGUGACAGCCAGGAAAGUAUAGAGCCUAUUCAGGAGCAGGACAUCAAAGCGACCGGGCCCGAUCCUUAUGAGAAAUUGAAUUACAAAGCAGCGAGGGCGCCGACCCGCUAUCAGACGGUUGUUUUCCGUUUAGACAUGCCUUGUAGCAGUGAUUCUACGAGCGAUCAAGAUGGAUACGGACCGAGCACCAGUCUGGAUUCUAAUAUGGAUGGUCGUAGAAUGUGGCAAAGAUCAGGAUCAUCGUGUUCCGUUCAAUCCUGGGCUUCCAGUUUGUCGGCUGAUAGUCAGUCGGAGGAAGCAGCUGCAGAUUUCAUGAAAGCUUUCGUACCUUUACUAUUUGACGCGCCUAAUUCUAUCGAUCAAGAGCAAAAGGCUAAUUUUGGGCAGAUGGUUUUGACAGAAUCGGGAAGAAUAUGGUUCUCCAGGGUAGUGAAUGCGAGAAGAGCACGUGCGUGUGUCACAGAAGCUUCAUUUUAUUCUUUGGCACAGCAUUUUGCAGUCGCGCUGUUUGAAUGUCACGAAGCGGACGAUUUUGCGCCCGCUAAAAGUCUCAUGAACAUGUGCUUCACUUUCUACCACGAAGUGGAAGUGCCUGGAUUAGAGCCUUAUCGUGAAUAUUUGUACACACAUUUACGCGUCCAACCGAUAUGGACGUCCAUGAGAUUUUGGACGGCUGCUUUCUUUGACGCAGUACAAUGUGAACGAGCAUCAAGACCGGUACCACCUCGACCAAAAUCAUUGGAUCAGGAAAGCAUCGCCUCCGAAGACAGAAAGUUUCAAGCAAAUAUUGUCUUUGGUCAAUUAGGGACAUUUACGUGUAACAUGCAUGCUUUUGGCCUGUCACGAGCUUUAUGUACAGAGUUCCUCCGAAAACAAUGUAUUAUCGCGAAUUUAACUAAAGAACAAGAAAAGAUGCUGCGAGAUAACAUAGAUCGGAUGUUCGAUGAGACCGAGCCAUGGCGGUAGUUUAGUCGAUUAAACAGAUAGGAUCGAUUUUGAAAAUCACUCCGAGAAAACGUCUUGCAACGUUUCUUCUUGAGAAUAUUUCCCACGAAAUCGAAUUGUCUUCGAAGGCUGGAAAAAGCGGUGAAGUCAAUUAUAAAAACAAUCUUGUUAAUACCGUUGAUGUAAAUCGACAUUUGUUAAAUUUUUCGCGGUAUUAGACGCUGGACACGUCAAUUCCUAUGAUGCAAACACUGCACAGGUUAUGCGCCUUAAAUUGUGAAAAAUAUGUUGAACUUUAUGUUUCUAAAUUGUAAAUUAAAACUCGUUUAUCUAAACAAUAGAAUUAUAAAAAAGAUUGGUAAGAAGGGAGCAGUCGUCAGGUAAACAGAAUAUAUUUAAUUCGACAUAUAUUUAAGAUAAUAUUUAUAGGAACGUUUCGAUUUCAUUUAAUCGUCCUCAGGCUGUUACAUAAAAUUAUAAUAUUAUGAAUAUCACGAAUACAAUGAUAAGAAAUAUAAUAACUGCAAAUCGUCAAAAUUUAAACAAUUUGCAUAUUUUUUGUCAUUGUAUUCAUGAUAUUCAUAACAUUAUAAUUUGAUCUAACAGGCUGAAGAUGACCAAACGAAGUCGAAACGUUCUUCAAUGUUAUAUUAAGCAUUAAUAUAUUCGAAUUAAAUAUAUUACUUAAUCUGAUAAUUGUUUGUUUUUGAAUUAUCUUUUUUAUAAUUCUUAUGUUUUUAUAAAGAAUUUUUACAAACUUACGUUUUAAGAAUUAAUUUUGUAUAAUGAUAACAAAAAUUAAGAAGAAUUGAAAUAUGAAAAUUAAGUUUUGGAAUAAUUCUGAAUUUUAAAACAAAAUACUAAAACGGUGAUAAAGUUAAAAAUGUUAAAUGACAAUAAGAUUUGAAAAUAGAACUGCAUUGAUAGUUUAAUUGAGGUUGGUUUGUUGAGUGUAAUAUAUUAUAUUGAAGAAUGAAAUGAAAAAAAAAUAUUUUUAUUAUUAGGGUGCAUUUAAUUCAAUACAUGUAUGUAGUAUAUAUAAUUUUCGAUACAUAUUAAAAUUUAUUUUAUCAAAUUUUUAAAUAAAAAUUUAUUUAAAUA